AUGGGGCCCGGAGACACGUGGGACCUGUCUGCUCCAGGACACGGGAGGGGUGGAAAGAGGAGAGAGGGGAGAGAGGACGAGGAGCGAGGAGCCGCUCCAGGAGAGUUCUCCACUCGCCUGUGGGGUCUGGUGGGAGCCUCGGAGCCGGCCCAGCAGCCCUCCUCACUGGAGGGGUGGAUGGGACAGGACCGGCUGCUCAUUCCACGCUGGAGGGAGGCCAGGAGUCUCAGCUGGAUGCAGUCAUCUGACCUGGAGAGUUCAAAGUGCCUAACACAGGGACCCUGGUACCGACAAGCAUGGAUCCUGGCAUGCUCUGCUGCUUUCCGUCAAGCCCUGGCCUCAUCAGACCCCCAAGGCUCCCUAGACAGGGUUAAUUAUUCAUGUGGCCUGGGACCCAGGGAUCGUUUGUUUGUUUUUCCCGACACAGUAGGGUCCACGAGGAAGUCAGGAUCCACUGGCAAUGUUUGCAGUGCUGUGUUGAAUGUGGCAACUGGCUGCGUGACGAUAGAGAAGUAAACAGCAUGUCUGGUGGCAGUCGGUUACCAAAUAGAAUUUAG